UUCAGAUGAAGGGGGCGGUGACGGAGGGGAAUUCCCCCCCGUCGCCUCUUUUCUAACAAAUAUCACUUUCCUGUCCACUGUCACUCAUUCAGCUCGGGCUUCUCCAAGAGACAACAACAUUUGGUACGACUGAGAGUGUUCUGCAUCAUGGACGUUCUGAACUCUAUGCUAGGGGACGACUCACAUCUCAUGGCUGAGCCUUCCGUCCAGAUCUUUGAGCAGCCGAAGCAGAGGGGAAUGCGCUUCAGGUACAAGUGUGAGGGUCGCUCAGCGGGAAGCAUCCCCGGUGAGAAGAGCUCUGACAACAACAGGACCUACCCCAGUCUGCAGAUCCUGAAUUACUGCGGUAAAGGGAAAGUACGCGUUUACUUGGUAACGAAGAAUGAGCCGUACCGACCGCAUCCACACGACCUGGUGGGCAAGGACUGCAAAGACGGGUUCUACGAGGCCGAGUUUGGUCCAGACCGCAAAGUGAUCGCCUUCCAGAAUCUGGGUAUCCAGUGUGUGAGAAGGAGGGAAGUGAAAGAUGCCAUCGUACAGAGGAUGACCAGAGGGAUCAACCCCUUCACUGUGCCACGAGAGCAGCUGCUGCAGACGGAGGAGUAUGACUUGAACGUGGUACGCCUGUGUAUCCAGGUUUACCUACAGGACGAGAAUGGCCACUACACCCGGCAGCUAAAUCCCAUCGUCACAAACCCGAUCUACGACAACAGGGCCCCAAACACUGCAGAGUUGAGAAUCUGUCGGGUCAACAGGAACAGUGGCAGUGUUAAGGGAGGGGACGAGAUCUUCUUACUGUGUGACAAAGUACAGAAAGAUGACAUUGAAGUGCGAUUCUUGCUCGAUGGCUGGGAGGCCAAAGGCUCCUUCUCCCAGGCCGAUGUUCAUCGCCAAGUCGCUAUCGUCUUCAAGUCUCCGUCCUACUAUAACACCUCCAUAUUAGAGUCAGUCACCGUGCAGAUGCAGUUGCGCCGACCUUCCGAUCAGGAAGUCAGUGAAGCAAUGGAUUUCAGAUAUCUGCCUGACGACAAAGAUCCUUACGGCCACAAUGAGAAAAAGCGCAAAAGAGAGUACUUGAUGAGGAUCUCAGGAUUAUCCGGUGGUCCUUUUACUGGUUUGACAAUGAACAGGCCAAAGGCAGUGUCAACGAGUACUUUGAGCAACAUGCGGAAAGACCUCAACAACUUGUACGUGAGGCAACAACCCACACCUCCGAUGCAGCAACAAGCAGCGGUAUUCAACCAGUCCUACCAACCCAGUGCUCAGAAUGUAAUGAUGAAUCCUCAAGCUCCUAAUGUGCCUGUCAGCCAUUCAUGGGCAAAUCCCAACCCAACACUCUCAGUGGAUACGGUCACCAUAAACCAGUCAGGUGCAAUGUGCAAUAUGCCACGUCCUAAUAUCAGUAGGCAUCAGCAGCCGCACCGUGGAUCUGGUUACCCCCAGAGAGUGGAUCCCAGCGGCUUUGAGAACAACACCCUCCCUCAGCUCUCUGUCAGGGACUUGCAGUGUUUGGAUGCAGUUUCCCAGGCCCCUGCACUGAAUCAGUGCAGGGGCACUGAUUCGCUCUACCACAUACAGCAGCAAAGGGAAGAGCUUGCAUCUGAUUCUCAGGCCCAAUGCAAUCUAGGCAACCACAACCAGGGUCUCCAAACUGCGUGGCCCAAUUUCAAUAACCUCAACCCAAUCCAGAACACCUUUAACGGUGCAGUACCCGGAGGUGGAGGGGGUUCACAGGGGCUGGGCGCUUUCUCCUUCGUAGGGGGAAUGGAAGGGGAAGAGUUUCUGAAGGGCUUUGUAGGAGGAAGACCUCAAACUGGCUUCCAGCUGAAGCAGGAACCACAGCUCACAGUGGCACAAGAGACCCAUGCUUCUCUCAUGCAUUCCCCAAGGGAAAGCCAAGAAAAUACCUACAUAAACUUGCUUCCUCGUAUGAGCAAUGGCACCAACAUGGAUCCAAUGAGGCAAAGCAAUAGCAUGGCCUCAGAAGGCCACUUCCCAACUCUGGAUGACUGGCUCAAACAAACUCGGCAAGGUGACUAAAAGGAGUGACUUUUUUUUUGGGUAAUAAUAACUUAAAAGAAGCCGCUCCAACAGCGCAUUGGUCUUGUUUAGUCUUGCAAACCAGACAAUUUACUUCACAAGUUCUGGCCAAUUAGGGCUCACUGCUUGGGAUGUUACAUAAGAGGGCACAAGAGAAAAAUUAUUGGAGGCCGUUGGGAUCUUUAACCAGCCAAAGGCAUUGACUGUGCGGUACACUUGAUUAGGAAUAUUUUCCAUCAAAAAAAUGUAAAGAUACCACCCUGAAUGUUUCCUACCUACAUCUUAAUCGCCCGCAGUGUCACUUGUCAAAGUGUCUUUGCUUCUCAUUAUUAAUCUGAAAAGACACAAACUGAUUUUAAAAAAUGAUUUCUUGGUAUAUUUGAGAAAAUAAACAGUAGUGCUGUUGAUAUGACAUUUAUAUCAAGAUGCCUUGUUCAAAGGCCUAGUUAAAGUUUGUUACGAUUCCACCUCAACUUGUACCUCUUAACUGGUAGGUGCUUCCAUUGUUGUUUCAUUGUCAUUUUAGUGGCUCCGCCUAUUCACUGAUGUCUUUACAGCUCCUGUUGUCCAGUGGAUAUUCUCCAAACAAGUCAAUUAAACUUAGAUCGCUAAGCCACAGACUUAGCAAAAGAACUGUAGGUUGUAAGGACAACCAACUACAUACUGAUGGUUUCAAAGCAAAAGUUAGAUUUCCGCAGAAUUGAAUGUACGACUUUCUUUUUUGUCUUUCUCAGGUGAAGCUGGAUUCACUGUGAACAUACUGUAUAGUUUUUACUGUUUUGUUGGAGUGUUAAAUCUUGAGAGAAAAAAAUGGAGGGGAAAUGGAUGUUACUUGGAUUUGUACAGCUUAUUAUAAUGUGUUAACUCUUUCUAUUGCUUUGUAAAGGAUGCUUACAUAUUUACAGUUUUAUUGAUUAUUUUUAGCAAAUAUUUGCUUUUUUUAUGCACUCUGUACAUAUAUGUUAGCCAUAGUUGAGAGUGAAAGCAAAAACCAUGCUGAAACGCUCAAGAACUGGCAAGGUACUGAAAUUUCCAUUGAGGAAGUGGUUGGAAACACAUUAAGUGUUGUCUAUCCUUUGUAAUGACUAUGUCAUACCAGCGAUCACAUGUGUUUUCCAGAGUUCUCAGAGAAUUUCUACUAUCAUUUUUAUAUAUAAAGAUGUCAAUUGUGUUUGGUAUUGAUGUUUCAUUAAUUCAGUGGAGGUUCUUACUGUGGUUUAAAGUUUGCUAGAGGACAUUGUGGAUAGUCAAUCUAGCUUAGUGUAUCCUAGCGUGUAUACCCUCCAGAAUAUUUUGAUGACCACUUUGUAAGAUUUGCUGUUUUUGGAUUGUUUUACUAAAUCAGUUCUUAAUAAACAGAGUCUGUCUUAUUCCACA